CGGCUCGGCAGCUCUAUUGGGCCGCUGUCUCGUCAGUCACCGGGCAGGGGGAGCUGUCGGCGGGUCUGUUCUGUUUGCCGGGCGCUUGCGCGAUUCCCGCGGGCGUUUCCCGGGGGGCGCGCGCUCUGCCCGCGGGGCCGGCCCUGGGCCGCUGCCGUGUCCAUGGAGCGGCGCCGUGGGAGGGGCCGGAGGCCGCGGCAGGGGCGGCUCGGCGGGGCCGGGUGACGGCACUGCGGGCGCUGCAGAGCGGGACAGGCCCGCACCGCCCAGCCCAGCCCAGCCCAGCCCAGCCCCGCCGCGUCUCCGCGGACCGGCGGAUGGGGUGAGGGCAGCGGCUCGGCCAUGGCCAGCAGCGGCCCCGAGGAGGGGGAGGCGGUGGCGGGGGAGGAACAAGCCCUGAGGAAGCUGGUCGUCCGGCUCCAGAACGUCCAGGAGAGGAAGCGGCUGGAGACGCUGGUGCAGACCCUGAGCGACCUGCUGGAGCUGGCGGCCCGGCAGAGCGCUCCCCGGCUCUUCAGCGGCAAAAACGUCCACGUGCCCGUGCUACUGGUGGUGGAUCUGUACCCGGGAGCGGCGGGCGUGCAGCAGAUGGGCUGGUCACUUCUUUGUAAAUUAAUAGAAAUUUGUCCAAGCACUCUACAGAACCUAGCUCCUAAGGAUGUUGGGAAGGACUGGGAAGUCCUGAGUGUCCACCAGCAGAUUCUUAAAAUGCUUACAAUCCACAAAGGAAAUACAAAUCUUGCUGUAAUAGGACUAAAAGCAUUAAAUCUACUCCUCAUGUCAGACAUAAUUGCUUUCCUGCUCUUGGAAGAAGAGGUGGAUGUCUUUUCCUUGGUAUUUAAUGCCAUGCACACCUUCCCUAAAAAUGAAGAGGUCCAGCAACAUGGAUGUAAAGCAUUACACAAACUUUUUGAGAAAGUUCCAGAAGAGCAGCUGACUGAAUUUGUGGAAAGCAAAGAUCAUAUGAUCAUACUGAAAGUAUUUAAAGAGUUUCCAGAGAAAGAAGAGGUGAUUCUUCCUGCACUUUAUUCAUUACAUUCCUUAGCUGGUCCACCCAGUAAUGUUGAAGUGCUCAUGUCUGGAGAUGUUCGCUGCUACAAUGUUAUAGUGGAAAUGAUGGAAAGUUUCCCCAACAGUGAAACAGUUCAGGAAGUGAGUUGCUGUUUGUUGCACAAGCUUACUUUAGGAAAUUUUUUCAACAUCCUUGUGUUACAUAAGGUUCCGGAAGUCAUCGUGAAGGCUGUUGCAGCAUAUCCUGAAAAUGCAAAGUUACAAGCUGCAGCUCUCAGUUGUUUAGCUCUUCUAACUGAAACAAUAUUCUUAAACCGGGACUUGGAGGAAAGAAAAGAAGAGGAGGAGGAAGAAAAAUUAUGCUGGUUGGAAGCAUGUUACAGAGCGUUAGAACUGCACCGAAAAAAUACAGAUGUGCUGGAGGCUGCAUGCUGGGCUUUGAAAAAUCUGUUUCUGUAUCAACGCAACCUUCAUGAGAAGAUUGGAGAUGGAGAUAAUCAGUUCCCAGUAGACAGAGCAGUGAUGCUCUCCAUGCUGAUGCACUCCUCUUCAAAAGAAGUGUUUCAGGCAGCUGCUAGUACCUUGGCAAUUCUGUCACAACAAAAUGUAAAUAUUAGGAAGACACUUCUGGCAAAAGGCAUACAUAUGAAUGUUUUGGAUAUAAUGAGGAAACAUCCAAAUUCUCCUGAAGUAGUUGAAAGUGCCUGCAGGAUUCUGAAUCGUGUUUUCGAAGGAAGUUUUCCUCAUCUGGAUAUAAUGACAGUAGCAGUAUCAGAAGUUGUAAAAGCCAUGAGGAAACAUGAAAAAUCAGUCUCUGUACAACUGGAAGCACUUCGAGUCCUUUUACACUUUAUGAUGCCUGAUACAAAGCAUGAACACCAGAAUGGUUCUUCCAGAGACGUGGGAGAUGCUGCUUUUGCACUUACAGUGAAAGUCAUUAAAAGCCAGUGUCUCUUGGAGGGAACUCACUCAUUGGUGCUUAAUGCUUUGAACAGGUUUAUUGGAAAUCCUAGCAUUCAGAAGUGUGGAUUAAAACUACUUGCUUCUGUAGCUGAGUGCACUGGUGCACUAGAAAUCUUAAUCCAGCAAGGAGCUACUGACACUGUGCUCCACACCCUACAGAUGUAUCCAGACGAACAAGACAUACAGUGUUUGGGUUUGAGUCUUCUACGCUCUUUGAUUACAAGAAAGAGUUUGUGUAUUGCAACUAUGCAUGUCCUGUCAGCAGUUCUGGUUUCUACUCUGCGACGAUUUAAAGAAGUCACUGAAAUCCAGAUGCAUGGAUUUCAUGCAAUCUUGUCAAUUCUUGGUUUGUCACCUUGUUUUGCAAAGCUGCUGGUAAAUGAAUCAUUUGACACAGUCAUUUUCUACCAGAUGUCUAUGUGUUUCACUGACCAGCGAGAUCAACAGUUUCAAAGCCUGUGUUGUAAAUGUUUUGCUAAAAUAGCUGAAAAUGAUGAUUUAAAAAAUAUGAUGCUGGAAAAAGCAUGUAUGGAGUGCAAUAGUAUUAUGGCUGAAUGUUUACUUCUACUGGGAGCUGAUAUUAAUAAGAAGACAAAGACAAACUCUUUGAUCUAUCAGGUUUGUGACAAAGGAAAUAACCCUAAAUUGGUGGAGUUGCUAUUAGCCAAUGGUGCUCGAGAGCAAGAUGUUCGGAGUGCUUUAACCAUCAGUAUAAAGAGAGGAGAUAGCCAAAUCAUCAGCUUGCUCUUAAAGAAGCUUAGCCUUGAUGUCACCAACAGCAGUAUAUGUCUUGGAGGAUUUGGUAUUGGGAGACUAGAACCUUCCUGGCUCAUUCCUUUGUUCCCAGAUAAACUUACUCCAAUAAAAAAACAAAAUGCAGGUUCUACACUGGCAAGAAUGGUGCUUAAAUUCCAGAUGAAGAAUAUUUCAGAGGAUAGAUCAAGAGCGUCCUCUGAUCCAAACUUCUCUGAAGAUGGAGUGGAUAAAAACUAUGAUUGGAAUUUCAUACCCGACCCAUUAGUGGACAGUAUUUUUCCUUUGAGUGAUGAUAUUGAUAGUGAAGGAAGUGAAGGUUCACUUUUUACAAAAAAGAAGUCCAAUUCCAUUGCAGUUGCUGAUGUAUAUUGUAGGGAAAUGGCAUGUCAAAGAGGUUCUCCUACUUUACCGCGACAUUCCUACUCUGUGGGACCUGGCUCAGAUUAUGAACCAUUUAUGAAACAAAGAAGAAAAUUCUUGCUUUCAGAUGAAUCCCUCAAAGGCAUCUCAAAAUUUUCACCACAUAUAAAACCAUCGGAGAGUCUUUCUUCACUGAUCUCAGAGAAAGAAUAUAUUAAAUCACUAGAUCUUUCAUCAAAUGAGCUGGAGAACAUUGAUGCCAUCAGCCAGAAUAGCUGCUUAACUAGUCAUCUGGAACACCUUGAGAAACUGGAGCUCCACCAAAAUGCUCUUACGAACAUUCCAGAACAACUGUGUGAAAACUUGAAAUGCGUGACUUACUUGGAUUUGCACAGUAACCGAUUUACUUCUUUUCCAACUUAUUUACUGAAAAUGAAUUGUAUUGCAAAUCUUGAUAUCUCUCGAAAUGACAUUGGACCUUCCUUUGCUUUGGAUCCAUACCUCAGAUGUCCAACUCUAAAGCAACUUAAUCUUUCAUACAAUCAGCUGGUAUGCACUCCUGAAUUUCUUACAAAUGUCGCUGAAAAUCUGGAACAGCUGUUGCUAGAAGGAAACAAAAUUUCAUGCCUGUGUUCACCCAUAUGCUUGAAAGAAUUGAAAAUUUUAAACAUUAGUAAAAACAACAUUUCAUCCCUUGCUGAGAAUGUUUUCAUGGGCUGUACAAAACUGGAGCAGUUCAACGCCAGGAUGAAUGUUCUUGAAAGAAUACCUGACUUGUCAUCCAGCAUAACAAGUUUAAAAUUAUCCCAAAAUUGUUUUGUUAAUGUUCCAGAAGCAGUUCUUCUUCUACCACAUUUGCGAUCAGUAGACUUAAGCCAAAACAAGAUUGUAAGCCUGCCUGGACCAAUGCACUGGAAAUCAUUAAACUUAAGGGAGCUGCUAUUUAAUCAUAAUCAAAUAGACGUCUUGGACUUGAGUGAAAAGGCAUGUGCAUGGUCUAGGCUAGAAAAGCUACACCUGUCCCACAACAAGUUAAAGGAGAUUCCUCCUCAGAUUGGCUUCCUAGAGAACUUGACUUCUCUGGAUGUAAGUCAUAAUCCCGAUUUGAGAUUCUUUCCAGAUGAAAUGGGAAGACUGUCCAAAAUCUGGGACCUUCCUUUGGAAGGACUCCAUCUUAAUUUAGACUUCAAACAUGUGGGAUGCAAAGCCAGAGACAUUAUCAGAUUUCUUCAACAACGACUGAAGAAGGCUGUACCUUAUAACAGAAUGAAGCUCAUGAUUGUUGGAAACACUGGCAGUGGGAAAACAGCCCUGUUGCAACAACUAAUGAAAAUCAAACGAACGGAGUUGGGCUCUUCGAAAGCUACAGUAGGCAUUGAUGUAAAAGACUGGAUCAUUCAAGGGAAAGGCAAAAUGAAGAAAGAGCUUAUAUUAAAUGUGUGGGAUUUUGGAGGACAAGAAGAGUUUUACAGUACCCAUCCUCAUUUUAUGACCCAAAGAGCUUUAUACCUUGCUGUUUAUGAUCUUAGCAAAGGACAAGCAGAGGUGGAUGCUAUGAAGCCAUGGCUUUUUAACAUCAAGGCUCGAGCUUCAACAUCCCCCGUCAUUCUUGUUGGCACUCAUUUAGAUGUUUCUGAUGAAAUGCAACGUAAGGCCUGCAUGAGUAAAAUUACUAGAGAGCUGUUGAAUAAGCGAGGCUUCCCAGCAAUCCAGGAUUAUCACUUUGUGAAUGCUACAGAGGAAUCUGAUUCCAUUAUCAGACUUCGGAAAAUAAUAAUAAAGGAGAGUCUUCAUUUCAAGAUCAGAGAUCAACCAGUGGUUGGUCAGCUGAUUCCUGACAGCUACCUGGAGCUGGAAAAGAGAAUUUUGCUGGAACGCAAAAAUGUCCCAGUUGAAUUUCCUGUGAUCGAUCAGAAACGCUUACUGGAACUGGUGCAGGAAAACCAGUUACAACUGGACGAAAAUGAACUCCCUCACGCAAUUCACUUUCUCAAUGAAUCAGGUGUUCUUCUUCAUUUUCAAGACCCAGCACUACAGCUAAGAGAUCUGUAUUUUGUAGAUCCUAAGUGGCUCUGUAAAAUCAUGGCACAGAUUCUGAUGGUGAAAGUGGAAGGCUGUUCUAAAUAUCCUAAAGGAAUUGUAAAGCGUUCAGAUGUAGAAAAAUUCCUUUUAAAGAAGAGCAAAUUUCCUAAGAUCUAUAUGUCACAAUACUUCAAGCUUCUGGAAAAGUUUCAGAUUGCUUUGCCAUUAGGAGAGGAUCAGCUGCUAAUCCCAAGCAGUUUGUCUGAUCACAGACCUGUUAUUGAGCUUCCCCACUGUGAAAAUUCAGAAAUUAUCAUCAGGCUUUAUGAGAUGCCAUACUUUCCUAUGGGAUUUUGGUCCAGGCUGAUCAACAGGUUGCUUGAAAUAUCACCUUACAUGCUGUCAGGAAGAGAACGAGCUCUUCGUCCUAAUAGAAUGUAUUGGAGACAAGGCAUCUACUUGAAUUGGUCUCCCGAGGCUUAUUGUCUAGUGGAAUCAGCAGUAUUUGACAACAACCCAGACAGUUUUUUGAAAAUUACGGCACCUUCUUGCAGAAAAGGGUGCAUCCUUUUGGGGCAAGUUGUGGAUCACAUAGAUUCUCUUAUGGAGGAAUGGUUUCCAGGUUUGUUGGAUAUAGAUGUAUGUGGUGAAGGGGAAACACUGUUGAAGAAAUGGGCUCUGUACAGCUUUCAAGAUGGUGAAGAACACCAAAAAAUACUACUUGAUGACUUACUUAGAAGGGCUGAAGAAGGUGACCUUUUGGUAAAUCCUGAUCAACCAAGACAGACCAUUCCAAUUGCUCAGAUUGCUCCUGAUCUGAUAUUGGCUGAUUUGCCUAGAAAUAUUAUGUUGAACAAUGAUGACCUGGAAUUUGAUGAAGCUCCUGAGUUUCUCCUGGGUGAUGGUGGAUUUGGAUCUGUGUAUCGUGCAUCCUAUGGUGGAGAAGAGGUUGCUGUAAAGAUUUUCAAUAAACAUACUUCCCUCAGGCUUCUAAGACAGGAGCUUGCAGUGCUUUGUCACCUCCAUCACCCCAGUUUAGUGUCUUUGCUGGCUGCUGCAAUCCGUCCCCGGAUGCUGGUGAUGGAAUUAGCCCUUAAAGGAUCUCUUGACCGUUUGCUUCAACAAGACAAUGCAAGUUUAACUAGAAUACUUCAGCACAGGAUAGCUCUACAUGUAGCUGAUGGCUUAAGGUACCUGCAUUCAGCAAUGAUCAUCUACCGUGAUUUAAAGCCUCACAAUGUGUUGCUUUUUACCUUAUAUCCCAAUUCAGCUGUUAUUGCAAAAAUAGCUGACUAUGGCAUCGCCCAGUAUUGUUGCCGAAUGGGAAUAAAAACCUCAGAGGGCACACCAGGAUUUCGAGCACCAGAGGUUGCCAGAGGAAAUGUUAUUUACAAUCAGCAAGCUGAUGUUUAUUCAUUUGGCUUGCUGCUUUAUGACAUUUUAACAGGAGGAGGUAGAAUAAUGGAAGGCUUGAAGUUUCCAAAUGAAUUUGAUGAAUUAGCAAUUCAAGGGAAAUUACCAGAUCCUGUAAAAGAAUAUGGGUGUGCCCCCUGGCCUAAAGUUGAGAAUUUAAUUAAAAAGUGUUUGAAGGAAAACCCUCAGGAACGACCAACAUCUUCCCAGGUUUAUGAGAUGCUGAAUUCUGCAGAGCUUAUCUGUUUGAUGAGGUAUGUCUCAAUACCCAGCACAUCUACAGCAGAGUGCAUGGUAGCUGCCAAUCAAAACUGCAAGAAGGCAGGAGUCUGGAUAGGCAAUGGGAACACAGAAAAAGCACAACUUUCAUUUGUUAACCUGAAUACAGAUGGACAUACUUGUGAGACUGAAGUUUUUCAGCAUACUCUCUUUCCACUACUGGAUAACUUUCUUCCACUCAGAUGGAAGCUAUUUCUAGCAUGGAGGCCACAAAAAGGAGUAGUAGUUAGACAAGCCUUCAUGUCUCUAUCUCCCAUAACAACCCAGGAUAUUGCAGAUAGUAAAAUUAUAAGUUUGGCCUUAGUGACUCUUCCUACUGAGAAAGAAAACUGGAUUGUAGCAGGAACCCAAUCUGGUUCUCUGUGGGCAGUUAACACAGAAGAUGAAACGAGAAGGCAUCGUCUGCAGAAAAUGUCAGAUUCCAUCACUUGUUUAUACUGCAAUUCUCUUUCAAAGCAAAGCAAACAGAAGAAUUUCUUCUUGGUAGGCACAGCUGAUGGCAGACUGGCAGUUUUUGAAGACAGAGCAGUAAAGUGUAAGGGUGCUACACCUUUGAAGAUAGUGACUAUAGGAAAUGUUAGCACACCACUGAUGUGCUUAAAAGAAUCCUCAUGCUUAUCUGAAAAAAAUUUAAUCUGGGGAGGCUGUGGAACAAAAAUCAUUGCCUUAACUAGUGACUUCUCUGUUCAAAAGCUCAUUGAAACAAAGACAAGUCAACUGUUCUGUCAUAAUGCUUAUAGUGAUGCAAACAUUAUUUCAAUAGCAGUAGACAAAUCCAUCUACUUGGCAAAGAAAAACAGCCAUUUUGUGGAAAUUUGGGACAAGAAGACAGAAAAACUUUCUGAACUAAUUGACUGUGCACAUUUUCUUAAGAACAAAGUGGAAAAACUAAAUAAGGAAUCAAAACAUAACCUGGCUUAUUCUGGAAGAGUGAAGACAAUUUGCCUGCAGAAAAAUACUGCACUGUGGAUAGGGACAGGAGGAGGACAUAUCUUGCUGCUUGAUUUAUCAACGCGUCGUCCUGUACGAGUUAUAGACAACUUUUGUGAUUCUGUUAGAGUCAUGAUAACAUCUCAGCUGGGGAGUCUCAAGAACGUGGUCCUAGUUUUGGGAUACUGCUAUAAAAGUGACACCGAAGACAACAAAUACCACAAAGAGUUACAAUCCUGUGUGUCAGUGUGGGACAUUAACCUGCCCCAUGAAGUGCAAAACCUGAAAAAACAUAUAGAAAUGAGACAGGAACUAGCAGAAAAAAUGAAGAGCUUUUCUUUGGACUGAAAAGUCACCCUGCAAGUGCCAUACUCUUUUCUAGUCUUUCAUCCUAACAUACUGUGCAAUAAUUACAACUUCUUGCUGUUGUUUUGAACUAAAACCAGGAAGAAAAUUGCCAUGUGAGUAUUUAUAGGAUACCAAGAAGAAAGAAGUUAUUUGUAGUAUUUGAAAGGACAGAAGACUGUUGAGAAUUUCUGAAUCUAAAAUGCUAUCGUGCAUCCGUUGUUUACUUGUGAAGUUCUGCUCUCAGCAACUACGGCUCAACUGCAGUGUAACGUUGUUCAUCCGGUUUUUGAUCCCAGCUAAACUCGGAAUAAGCCAGGAGACUAUAAACAGCUCUAAUUUACUUCAUUAUCUCUACUGAGUUGACUCUCUAAUAAGAAGCAAAAUUUAAGCCUCUGUGUGUUUACUGCAGUUUGCAUGUAUGAGCUUGCUCUUAUGAUUCAUGUUUUAGUAGUAAGCCAGAGGUCAUGACCCUGAGUAUAUGAAAAAAACAUUAUAGUUUAUGUAAGAGCAGCGUUUAAAGGAAUAUAUAGUGACUACAUUACUCUUUGAAAACAACAGGCAGAAUAGUCUUUAUUUCUCCCAUGAAUAAUUGACUGGUUUUUUCAUUAUGACCAGAAAAAGCCCAUUGUGCUACAAUAAUAGAAUAGCUCAGAAUUUAAAUACACUGACAGGCUUCUGCAAGUCGAUGUCCUCUUGCAGUCCUGCAGUCUGCCUGGUUCUAGGAGAUGUAGUCACACCACUGGGAAUGUUACCACUCACAUUGAUCUCUUGUGCAGCUCACUUGGAAAAGCAAGGAGAAAGCACGAGGUGAAAGCUCUGAUCCAAAUGCUGCUCCGACUUGUGCCACACAGAGAGCAGCAUCCUGCUGUAGGCAGACCACUGGCUCUUGGUCCAACUUGCUCGUUCACUUACCUCAAUCUAAAAACAAAAGGGAACUUUCACUUUGAUAUUUCAAACAUGCAAAGUUUCCACUUAUUAAUUCUUGGUUUAAUUUAUAUUGUUAUUUUGGGAGGUAAUCGGGGGAACCUUGAGGAGUGUAAGAAUUGGCUGCCUCUUGCAAAUUUGUUGCCACACAUCAUCGUUCAAGAGUCGACUUCUGCUGCUCUCUGGCUGUAAGUCCAAGCUGCUGCUUGCAGCCAGCACUGACCUGCCCUACAGAAGUGCCUUAUUUCUGUCCAUCUGAAGACAGACAUCAGUUUCUUUUUUUGAUACCAAAAGAAUCUACAGGGUGCUCCUGAAAUCUCUAGGAGUGGAGUAUCCAGAGCCAUUCCUGAGUCUACGGAGCUGAACAAGGUUGAGCAACCAAAAAGUUCUCAGUUUUAUUUUUUUUUUAAAGAAAAUAACAUGCUGGGACAACAGCAUUUCUUGUGUCCAACUCUACCAUUGUUCUAUUUUCUGCCAUUUUUUGAGUGCAUACUCAGGAUUCCUUUCAGAUAUACAUCCCAGUUUUUAUGUGUUCUUGUAAUCUGCAUACUGAGAAUAAUUUGCUAUUUAUAUGGGAUUUUAUAACUCAGAAAAUAUAUAUUAUAAUGAAUAGAGUUUUUUAAAAAAAUAUAUACAUUGUGAUUAAGUUUAUUUAUAAGUCAUUUUGAAAUGUAAGCCUUAAACAUUUUUAUUAAAACUGUGCUUUGUUAAUAA